AUGACUCUUUCGGUAUCUACCGUCGGGUUCCGAAGACUCGCUACCACCCGUUUCUCACAUAUGGUUUCAACUCCGCGGUCUGGCGGAAUCGCACCAUUAGGUUGCCAAAAGCUUCCUCUCCCCUCUCUUUUUGGGAGGAUUGGCUCGCUGUCCCGGCUAGUCCUUCCUCAGCUUAAUCACUUUCUCGGGUUACAGCUCAAUCCCCGGAACUUCUUUUCAGACGCAUCAACCGAUCCAUCAAAAGAGCUGGAGAAAACGACGGACUCCGAAAAAACAUCAUCAUCAUCACCACUCAUAGAUCCUAGAAACGGUUUCUGUAUUGCAAACUCGACGUUUUACAGUAAACGCAACCCAUUGCAAUUCCCGGCGAACGCCUCGCUCGACGUCACUACAUUCAUCUCCUCUCAAACGCACCGCGGCACCACCGCCUUCAUUGACGCCGCCACAGGCCAUCGUAUAAGCUUCUCCGGUCUUUGGAUCGCCGUCGAUCGCGUAGCCGACUGUCUCUACCACACCUUCGGCAUACGGAGAGGCGACGUCGUUCUCAUCCUCUCUCCAAACUCUAUUUCCAUCCCCGUCGUCUCCCUCGCCGUCAUGUCACUCGGCGCCGUCGUCACCACCGCGAAUCCUCUCAACACCGCCGGUGAGAUCUCCAGACAGGUCGCAGACAGCAAUCCAAAGCUAGCCUUCACAACUCCCGAUCUGGCUCCCAAACUCGCUGCCAGCUCCGCCGCUAUCUCCGUUGUCCUCACGGAGGAGGACGACGACUAUAAGCGCGUGGGAUCCGCUCUCGGAGUCCGGGUCGUUGGGAAUCUGAGCGAGAUGAUGAAAAAGGAACCGAGCGAGCGGCGAGUCAGAGACCGAGUUGACCAGGAAGAAACGGCGAUGCUUCUCUACUCGUCGGGAACCACGGGAAGAAGCAAAGGAGUGAUAUCGUCUCACGGAAACUUAAUCGCACACGUGGCGAGAUUCAUCGCGGAGCCACUGGAGCCGAACCAAACCUUCCUUCUCACGGUACCGAUGUUCCACACCUACGGAUUACUCAACUACGUCAUGGCGACCGCGGCUUUGGGUUCGACGGUGGUGAUUCUCCGGAGAUAUGAUCUCCACGAGAUGAUGGCGGCGGUGGAGAAGUUCAGAGCCACGAGUCUGGUUUUGGUGCCGCCGAUUUUGGUAGCUAUGAUCAACGGCUCAGAUUUGAUCAAGGCCAAGUACGAUUUGACAUCACUGAAAACGGUUAGAUCCGGUGGGGCCCCAUUGAGCAAGGAGAUUACGGAGAAUUUCAUAGAGAGAUAUCCAACGGUUGAUGUCUUUCAAGGGUACGCUUUGACGGAAUCUAACAGCUCAGGAGCUUCGACGGAUUCGGUGGAGGAGAGCCAGAGAUACGGUUCGGUGGGGUUGUUGUCGUCUGGUGUGGAGGCGAGGAUCGUGGCUCAGGAUACGGGUCGGGUCAUGGGUGUCAACCAAACGGGCGAGCUCUGGCUCAAAGGCCCCGCCAUUACAAAAGGUUAUUUUAGGAAUGAAGAAGCUACAAAAGAAACUAUUAAUUCACAAGGAUGGCUUAAAACUGGAGAUCUCUGCUGUAUCGAUGAUGAUGGAUUUCUUUUUAUAUUGGAUCGAUUGAAAGAAUUGAUCAAAUACAAAGCUAACCAGGUCCCUCCAGCUGAGCUAGAGGCUUUGCUAUAUACUCAUCCUGAAAUCGUCGAUGCUGCAGUAAUCCCGUAUCCAGACAGAGAAGUGGGGCAAUUUCCGAUGGCGUACGUUGUAAGGAAAACAGGGAGUUUCUUAUCAGAGAAGUCGAUAGUGGAGUUUGUAUCAAAGCAAGUAGCACCGUACAAGAGGAUACGAAAGGUGGCUUUCGUAUCUUCGAUACCAAAGAAUCCUUCGGGCAAGAUUCUGCGCAAGGAUCUCAUAAAGCUCGCAACUUCCAACUCCAAGCUUUGA